UGGGAGCGAGCAGACCGACCCCCGCGGGCAGGCGGGGCACCAAGGCGCCUGUGACUCUUUGCAGAAGAGCGUGAAGGAGGGGCUGCUCCUCAAGCAGACGAGCUCGUUCCAGAGGUGGAAGCGGCGCUACUUUAAGCUGCGGGGCCGGACGCUGUACUACGCCAAGGACUCCAAGUCGCUGAUCUUCGAUGAGGUGGACCUGUCCGACGCCAGCAUGGCAGAGACCAGCACCAAGAACGUUAACAACAGCUUCACGGUGAUCACUCCGUUCCGGAAGCUCAUCCUGUGCGCUGAGAACCGAAAGGAGAUGGAGGACUGGAUCAGUGCCCUGAAAUCGGUGCAGAAGUGGGAAGUCAGCGAGGCCACGCAGUUCAACAUGGAGCACUUCUCCGGCAUGCACAACUGGUACGCCUGCUCCCACGCUCGGCCCACCUUCUGCAACGUGUGCCGCGAGGCCCUGUCGGGGGUCACCUCCCACGGCCUCUCCUGCGAAGUCUGCAAGUUCAAAGCCCACAAGCGCUGUGCGGUGAGAGCCACCAACAACUGCAAGUGGACCACGCUGGCCUCCAUAGGAAGCGACAUCAUUGAGGAUGAAGAUGGGGUAACCAUGCCCCACCAGUGGCUGGGGGGGCACCCCGCCUGCAAGGAGUUCUUUGGGAGGAAGUGCCCCCUGGGGCAGUACAAGGUCUCCAUCAUCCCGCCCACCGCCCUGAACAGCAUCGACUCGGACGCGCCCGGCUCGGCCGGAGCAGCUCCCCGCUGCGACGUGAUGGGAGCAGCUGGUUAA